CUAGCUACUAACUUGGGCAAUUUAGCUUAGUGCUAAUAAUGUAGUCCUUUGUUUUAGAAGAGCAAAUUGCUAGCAAUUCUUAACAAAUAAAUGUCACUUUAUUUUGAAACACAUUUGUACCCUGAUCUGCCUUCAGCAAAUUAUUUCCCUGAACAUGAUACUGAAAUUUACACCCCAAUUAUGUGAGCUCUAGUUGAUCAAUUGAUACAAUGUUUAUGAUCCUGUAUACUAAUGAUAUUUUUCAUGUGCACACAGUUGCUGGGACUUCUGCACGGACUAAAUUCCUGUGCAAACGUGGGAUACUGAGACUUCUGGAACAGCCAAAUCCCCCUGCAGACGUGGAGCUACAUGGAUGCGUCUCCAAAGCUCCAAUAAGCAUCAAACAAACAAAAAAAACACCUAUAUGAUAAUCUAUAAUUAUUAUCAUCGAUGAUUGUGUCUUGAUGUUCUAUGCGGUCAAAUUUGAUUUAUAAUUUUAAUAAGGGCAGGCAACAUGGGACGCAAAAAAUUCUCCAAAGAGUUGCGGUUGGCAGAGCAACGAAAUGACUGGCGUGAAAUUGCAACACUUUGCAAUGCUUUGGGCAGUGAAUUGCAGUCCACUGGGGACUUCAGUGAAGCUCUCAAUUACCAUCGACGGGAGCUUCAUGCCUGCACAAAGCUUAAUGACACACUUGGCAUGGGUGUAGCGCACCGGCGCGUGGGUGAGGUGCUCUUUGAACUUGGCGAGACGGAGGCAGCGCUGCAGCACCAGGAGCAGCACCUAGUGCUUGCUACUGAAGCGAACAGUGUAUUGGAGCAGCAACGUGCCUAUGCCACCAUUGGCAGGACGCAACUUGAUCGCAUCGAACGUGCGACAACCUCUCCAGAAAAAAAUGACGCCAUAAACUGCGCCAAGGACAAUUUUUUGAAGUCCUUAGAGAAGUGCAAGGAUCUGAUGCCUGGCGAAGUGUUGCCCAAUGAGUUGGCUCUUAUGCGCUGUCGUCUCUACCUCAACCUUGGACUGGUUGCAGAUCACAAGGGUGACACAAAGCAAGCCUCAGACCUUAUAAAACAAGCGGCGACAUUAGCGCGUCAACAUUCGUUUCAUGAAGAUUUAUAUCGAUGUCAUGACGCGUUGUGUUUUCAAUAUGUAAAACAGGAUAAAAUAGGCCUUGCUUUGGAAGAGAGUAAAGUCGCAGUGACUAUUUCUGUCAAAUUGGAACCUUGUAAAAGAGUGGAAGCUCAUCGAACGUUAGGGCUGCUGUAUCUUAGGCUUGACAAUAUUGCGCUGGCUAAACGAGCAUUUACGUCUGCUUUCAAAAUAGCUCAAGCUGAUCGCAGUGACGUUGCAUCUUUGAAGCCUUUAGUGAAGACUACUUCUGAACUUUUUAAACUAGAAAACCAAGAAGAAAUAUCAGAUGAAGAGCAACUGAAAAUACUGGAAAAGAGAGGUGACUUAUACGCUAAUCUAAAGUACCCUGAUCAAGCCAUUCUGAAUUACAAGAAGUUGAUAGAGAAGUCUUUAACAUUAGGUAAAAGUGAGUCUGAAAUAGCACCGAUUUAUUAUUCACUUGCGAAAACCUACGAAGAAGACAAGAGAUAUGCUGAGGCAAAAGCAUAUUACAAGAAAGAAUAUGAUGUGCGGCUGAAGACGGAUCCAAAGGAGGCGUGUAAGACUCUGCUGUGCAUCGCUCUGCUUGGUGAGCAGCUGUCGGAGAGCAGUGAGCAGCUACAAAUAUAUUAUAACGAAGCCUUGGCCCUAGCACAGCGCGCGAAUUGCGGCAAGCUACAAAUGCACGUCCUGCGCACACAAGCCGCUCUCGAUGAACUUCAGCCGAUGGUGAAAGAGUCUUUACUGCAAAAAAUUGAAACUGUGAAGACUGUGUUUAAUCUUGAUUCCGAUUGUGAAUUUAGUGAAGAUGAAAGCGACAAAGAAAGUAAUGAAAGUUCCUUCGAGUUGUCAGAAAGCGAAUCAGAAAAUGAGGCUAGUCCUCGAGCUCGGGCUCCUAAUAGCAUAAUUGUUCGAAACAUUGAAAAAUGUAAUUAUUUCGGUGAAACUCCUCUACACAAGGCCUGUAUAAAUGGAGAGCUGGCUAAAGCCAAGACUUUGGUUAAACAUGGACAUAGAAUUAACGUACGAGACAAAGCUGGCUGGCUGCCAUUGCACGAAGCGUGCAAUCACGGUCAUUUAGAGCUGGUCAAGUUCUUGUUAUCAGUCGGGGCUCACAUUAACGAUAGAGGAGGAACCGAUUGCAACGGAAUCACUCCCUUGCAUGAUGCAGCAUCUUGUGGUAAUCUCGACAUCGUAAAACUCUUGCUGGAAAAAGGAGCCUCUGUCGUAUGUAAAAAUGAUGACGGCGAAACGCCGCUGGAAUGUUUGCUGUCGUAUAAACUUCGCGCGGAAAAUUUGACCGAUGAUCAGAUUCUUGAAAUUGAUAUCGUAGCAGAAGAAUUGAAGUCUAUGAUGGAAAAACAAGGAUGUUAUGUAAAUCUGACUACCUUCAUGUCGAAAAGUUCUAGUUCAUCUGAGGCAAAUCAUUUGAUGAGGAAAUCUCCUACAGGAAAUAAUCAGUUUUCCCUUAGUCAAAUAACUGACAAUACAGAAAAAGCCGAUGAACUCGCCUCGGCCAUUGUUUACUCAGAUGACGAUGACGCGCUUCCUUCGGCGCAGCCUCGUCGACCGCGCCCCAGAGCAGGCGCUGUGGCGCGGUACAGGAACGCCAUCAGCGAGCUGGGCAGCGCUGUCUCUCGCAACGCGGCAGAUGACCGGCCGUCAGUAAUUGAUUUGCCGCUACUGGACACCUCGUGCGCUCACAAAGAGUUGAAGGCAAAAAGCGGAUUGAUUGAAGAAAAUGAAUUUGUUGGAGAGAAUGAUUUCAUUGAGCAAGACACGAGAACUUCUUCUAAACGCAAGAGGCCUCUGUCAAAAUCGUAUGUAGAUUUUACUGUGAGCUCGAAAGCCAGAAAAAUACUACGAGAGAAGAGUCCUGCAGAAAGAUUGUCGAAAGACCAGAAAAGUCGGCGUCGUUUCAAGCAGGUGAAACUUAGUUCAAUGCUAGAGCGAUUUCCAACGGUGCGCAGAAACGAAGAAGAUGACCGCUCGGUUGAUAGUGAUAACGGUUAUUUGAGUGAUAACUUGGAAAUCAGCGAUGUAUCAUCUGUGUCAAGGAAUCAUACUGCAUCUAAGGCUGGCGCCAGUUCUUCAAAUUUUUUAUCAUUUGCCGACACUGUUUCUGCUGGUCCCGGCACUCGUGUUGCUUGCGAUAGUUCCAACAACGCUGCUCCAAUCCGCAUCCGCGUUAAUGUUGAAGACAAAAUUCUAUUGGUACCUAUUGCCGACUCGCGUCGUGAUCGCACUAUUGAGUGGCUGUGCUCAGAAAUUUCUAGCCGCUACUAUCAAUUGGCGGGCAUCAAGCCAACGUUAGGACUACAGACCCACGACGGUGCGCUGUUGCAUCCAAGUGACCCCAUCACCAUGGUGCUCGGUGAGGAGAAAGAGGAACUAACGGCAAUUGUGUCAGCGUGGGAGCUGCCACCGCUACACCUCCGUUACAGUCAGGAUUGCGUGCUACAACAAGUCGCUCCGUGUCCUCGUAUCAUUACUACGCUUACGAAAGCUGAGUCCUCGUCAGUCCUGGAGUUGCAACGCGUCACCCGAUGUCCAGCACAGAUAAGGCUCGUGUUACGAGCGUUACAACGCAAUCAGAGCCUUCAUUCUCUGUCCCUGGCUAACACAAAUUUGGGUGAUGAUGGCUUCGAAGUCCUAUUAGAUAUACUUCCGUCGAUUCCAAACCUGUCGUCCCUCGACGUUCAUGCUUGUGCUAUUUCACAAAAAUCUAUAUCAGAAUUGAUAAAAAGACUACCAAGCUUCUCCAAAUGUGGUAUCAGCGUUUUGAAUCUUGGGUAUAAUGCGAUGUUUGGAUGUAGUUAUUCUGAAAUCGUUGGACUGCUUUCUCUCCCUAAAUUGACAUCUAUUAAUUUGCAACAUUGUUUACUCGAUAUCAGGGAAGCGGAAGCGGUGCAAGUUAGUGAUAAUGUCAGGACACUCAUGCUUGACGGCAAUUCGUUUACUGCUCCAGUUAUAAAGAACUUGUUGAUGUGCGUGCCAAAUCUGAAGCACUUGUCUCUGCGCGGUGUGCGCUGCACCACGGAGGGUAGUGCUGGCAUAGGCGCUGCGCUCGCUGAGCUGCUAGGCGGUGGAGAGCAAUGUAUGCUCGAAACUCUGGAUUUGACGUUUGCCAAUAUUAGUUCUUACGACUUGGAAGUCAUUCGUCCUUACUUUUAUCGCUGUCCAUUCUUGUGUUCGGUCAAUAUAUCUCAUAACGCUCGAUUAACCAGUGAAUGUAUCAAAUCAUUGUUGAAUGAGCUAGAGACUAAUAUGGCAGUACCGGUAUCUACCUUGCUGCUGCACGGAAUCGAUGAAUUCACAGAGGAACUCUCUCUCGCUUUUGCUCGAUUGAUAAAUGUUAAGUUCAGACUUAAUAAGCCCUUUCAAUCUGUAUCAUUCAGAGUCUCUACGCACACGGAUAUUAUAACAGAUGCUUGGAAAUUGAUAUACGGGCAUAAAUCUCAGGUUAGACGUGUUGGACAAGAUUCAUUUCUGGACGUUUUAAUAUAAAGUGGGUUUUAUCUGUAUCUGUAUUGCACUUUCUCAUCUUGAAGAACCGUUCUUAAUCUGAAGCUUGAUACAUCUUUCGUUCUCUGAACCACCUACCACCUUAUCAAUAUUUACAAAAUUUCAUAUUUCCAUUAUAAAAAUUUUAGACUCGU